CGGCUUUCCCUGCCGGUCCCGCCCUCCGUCGCGGCGGCGCGGUGUAUCUUGGGAUAGGGAGCGAUCUCCGAGCGAGGCAGCAAGAUGGACGCGGGAUUCUUCCGCGGAACAAGUGCAGAACAGGAUAAUCGGUUCAGCAACAAACAGAAGAAGCUACUGAAGCAGCUGAAAUUUGCAGAAUGCCUAGAAAAAAAGGUGGAUAUGAGCAAAGUAAAUUUGGAGGUUAUAAAGCCUUGGAUAACAAAACGAGUAACGGAAAUCCUUGGGUUUGAAGAUGAUGUUGUGAUUGAGUUUAUAUUCAACCAGCUGGAAGUGAAGAAUCCAGACUCCAAAAUGAUGCAAAUCAACCUGACUGGGUUUUUGAAUGGGAAAAAUGCUAGAGAAUUUAUGGGAGAACUGUGGCCCCUGCUUUUAAGUGCACAAGAAAACAUCGCUGGAAUCCCUUCUGCUUUUCUAGAACUGAAGAAAGAAGAGAUCAAACAAAGACAGAUUGAACAAGAAAAGUUGGCAUCUAUGAAAAAGCAAGAUGAAGAUAAGGAUAAGAGGGAUAAGGAAGAAAAAGAAAGCAGCAGAGAAAAAAGGGAGAGGUCUCGGAGCCCAAGAAGACGCAAAUCCAGAUCUCCUUCCCCUAGAAGACGGUCUUCCCCUGUCAGGAGAGAGAGAAAGCGCAGUCAUUCUCGGUCUCCCCGCCACAGAACCAAGAGCCGGAGUCCUUCCCCUGCUCCAGAAAAGAAGGAGAAAACCCCAGAGCUCCCAGAACCAUCAGUGAAAGUAAAAGAACCUUCUGUACAAGAGGCCACUUCUACUAGUGACAUCCUGAAAGUUCCCAAACCUGAACCUGUACCAGAGCCUAAAGAACCUUCUCCAGAGAAGAAUCCCAAGAAAGAAAAGGAGAAGGAGAAGACCCGACCAAGAUCCCGGUCACGUUCCAAAUCAAGAUCCCGGACACGGUCUCGCUCUCCUUCUCAUGCUCGACCUAGACGACGUCAUAGAACCCGAUCAAGAUCAUACUCCCCUCGAAGGAGGCCAAGCCCGAGAAGGCGGCCAUCUCCUCGAAGAAGAACUCCACCAAGGCGAAUGCCACCCCCGCCGAGGCAUAGAAGGAGUAGAUCUCCAGUGAGACGAAGAAGGCGUUCAUCAGCGUCCUUGUCUGGAAGUAGCUCGUCAUCCUCUUCGUCACGUUCCCGGUCACCGCCAAAGAAGCCUCCCAAGAGGACCUCCAGCCCCCCUCGGAAAACUCGUAGGUUAUCUCCUUCAGCGAGUCCUCCGAGGCGAAGGCAUAGGCCGUCCCCUCCAGCAACUCCACCGCCAAAAACUCGUCAUUCCCCAACACCCCAGCAGUCAAACCGUACAAGAAAAAGUCGUGUUUCUGUUUCUCCAGGGAGAACUUCAGUGACAAAACACAAAGGUACUGAGAAAAGAGAGUCCCCUUCACCAGCACCGAAGCCUAGAAAAGUAGAGUUAUCUGAGUCGGAAGAAGAUAAAGGUGGCAAAAUGGCUGCAGCAGAUUCCGUGCAGCAGCGACGUCAGUACCGACGACAGAACCAGCAGUCUUCAUCCGAUUCUGGCUCCUCUUCUUCCUCAGAAGAUGAGCGGCCCAAGAGGUCCCAUGUGAAGAAUGGUGAGGUAGGCAGGCGGCGGAGACAUUCCCCUUCCCGGAGUGCCUCUCCAUCACCUCGAAAGCGCCAGAAAGAGACUUCCCCUCGGAUGCAAAUGGGAAAGCGAUGGCAAUCGCCAAUGACCAAAAGUUUUCCUAGGACUCCUUCUCCUCCCCCACGCCGACGCUCACCUUCCCCAAGAAGAUACUCUCCUCCAAUACAGAGGCGAUACUCUCCUUCUCCGCCUCCGAAGAGAAGAACGGCUUCUCCCCCUCCCCCUCCCAAACGAAGGGCAUCACCAUCUCCACCACCAAAGCGUCGGGUCUCCCAUUCUCCACCUCCCAAGCAGAGAAGCUCCCCAGUCACCAAGAGACGUUCGCCUUCGGUAUCAUCAAAGCAUAGGAAAGGGUCUUCCCCGAGCCGAUCUGCCCGGGAGCCCCGGUCGCCACAACCAAACAAACGGCAUUCGCCCUCACCGCGGCCUCGAGCUCCUCAGACCUCCUCAAGUCCUCCACCUGUUCGAAGAGGAGCAUCCUCAUCACCCCAAAGAAGGCAGUCCCCAUCUCCAAGUACUAGGCCCAUUAGGAGAGUCUCCAGGACUCCGGAACCCAAAAAGACAAAAAAGGCUGCCUCCCCAAGCCCUCAGUCUGUAAGGAGGGUUUCAUCCUCCCGAUCUGUCUCAGGAUCUCCUGAGCCGGCAGUUAAAAAACCCCCAGCACCUCAGUCUCCUGUCCAGUCUCAGUCACCCUCUACCAACUGGUCACCAGCGGUACCGGUCAAAAAGGCUAAAAGCCCAACACCAAGCCCAUCUCCGGCGAGGAACUCAGACCCAGAAGGAGGUGGAAAGAAAAAGAAGAAAAAGAAGGACAAGAAACACAAAAAGGAUAAGAAGCACAAGAAGCACAAAAAACACAAGAAGGAGAAGGCCGGGGCUGCAGCCACCGCGCCCGCUCUGACCCCUGCAGCCGCUGCGCCCGCGGCCUCGGCAGCACAGGAGGAGCCCGAGGCGGAGCCCGCGCCCAAGAAGGAGACCGAAAGCGAGCCCGAAGACAACCUCGACGACCUAGAAAAGCACCUGCGUGAAAAGGCGCUGCGGUCGAUGCGGAAGGCGCAAGUGUCCCCACAGUCCUAGGUGGGAAUGUGUGUUACGGUGUACAUUUUAUUUGGUUUGUACGCAAUUCAAUUUCAAAAUUGCUAAAAUGUGUUUGAGCUUUAGACUAUAACAUUUGUUGUAAUAAUUGCUAGGUUGAAGUUCACCAUGUAAAAAAAAAAGGGCAUGGAAUUACAUUGCAAAAGGUGUCCACAGUGUAUUAGUGACAUUCUUUCAUUGACAGCUGACAUAAGUUCAUUUAGAGUGAAAUCUUUUAAGCCAAAAAAAAUCCCCUUUUUAAAAAAGGGGGUUUCAAUAUGGUUGGCAUUCUUAUGGUUUCUUUAAAGGCCUUGGCUAUUCCCAGAGGUUUUCCUUUCUUUCUGUUUUUGUUUCUCAAUUUUUUCCCAUUUGAGUCUUAGCACCCAUUUAAGUUAUGAUGUUCCCAACCUUGUAUGGUUUGCAAGCUAGCCCAGAAGUAAGACCACUGUUGAGCUACCACAAAAGUGUACAUGACUAUUUCAGUGCCACAGUCUUUCCUGUUGCCUGUGGCGUCUCUGCUGCAACGAAUGAGGAUGCGGCCUCUAGGAGGAGACAGGAAAUGAAAGCGCGCUGUUCGCCAGGACACUGUGGGUUUCUAUGGCUGUGUAACAAGCUGAUUUGGAACACUGGAAUUUCAUUCUAUUCUGUUGUGUUUUUUUUUGUAAAGGCAAUUAACUAGUCCCAGGAAGGAUCCUUCAGUUAUAUAAAAGUUUGUUUAAUGAAA